UUUGUCUUGUGAAGUGAAACAACCUCGCCAGUCUCAUCAUGUCCGCAAACGGCAAUGCAAUCUCUAGCCUGGACAUCGCCUACAUCGUGCUUGAAGCGGUCAUCGCAUUGGCAUCUCUUUCAGGCAACGUUCUUGUGGUGUGGGCAGUCAAACUGAACAAGGCACUCAGAGAUACUACCUUCUAUUUAAUCGUGUCGUUGGCAGUGGCUGAUAUCGCGGUUGGAGCAGUCGCUAUCCCGAUAGCCAUUCUCAUUAGCCUGCAAGUCAAGAUGCACUUCUAUUGCUGUCUGUUCGCCUGCUGUCUUCUGUGCAUCCUGACACAAAACUCCAUACUGUUCCUGCUGGCUAUCGCGAUAGACAGGUACCUCAGGGUAAAGAUACCUGUCAAGUACAGAGCAGUAAUGACCCACCGCCGCGCCUGGGUGGCUGUUGGAGUCUGUUGGCUGGUGCCCACCAUUCUGGGUCUGCUGCCCAUGUUGGGUUGGCACCGAGGAGACAGCUUGGGGGCUGCUGCAGAGCGCAACAGCAGCAGCAGCAGCAGUGAGGGAAGGUACAAGGCGUGCAGUUUCCCUGAGGUGAUGAGCAUGGACUACGUGGUCUACUUCAACUUCUUUGGGCUCAUCCUGUCCCCCUUACUGCUGAUGCUGGGGCUGUACGUGCUGGUUUUCACCACCAUCAAGAAACAGCUGCAUCACUCCCAGGGAGCCUGCAAAGCCUCCAGGCUCCAGAAGGAACUGAAGCUCGCAAACGCUUUGGCGUUGGUCCUGGCUCUGUUUGCCUUGUGUUGGCUACCUCUGCCCAUCAUGAACUCAGUGGGGUUCUUCUGCCCCACCUGCCAUGUGUCCAAGGCCAUUCUCUACUGCGGCAUUCUACUGAGUCACGCCAACUCUGCUAUUAACCCUGUGGUGUACGCCUUCAAAAUAAAGAAGUUCAGGGUCACCUUCAUGAGGAUCUGGCACCAUUACUAUACUGGAUCAGAGUGGAACGAGUCGACUUUUCACUCCAACACCUUGCAGUCACAGAGGGCAGAUAAAUCUGAUAGUGUUUGAGGCUCAGGGUAUCAACCCUGUCUUUCCAGAACCAAGCAAUGAGAAAUGGCCAUUAAUCUGCAAAGCAUCUACCCUCUGUGUCCACUGUAUACUGGACAUUAACAAUGGUGUCCAUUAGUUGUAGUAUUUUAAAAGGCCAGUAGUGUGGGCACUGUUACGUUUCUGCCUCUAUAUUAUGUCCAUGUUUUGUUACAGUAUUCUCAACACUGUGUUAUGUUGUCCAGCUGUUGUACUGAAUUUUAAUGAAAGUAUCUUAAAAAAAGAUGCACUAUUUUUAUAUGUUUGAUUGCAUGCUUUUUACCAGUAUACUGGACAUUUCAACUGGAUACAUUUUAAAAAGUUUGAUAAAUGUUGAUACUUUUUCAGUUUUGGUUUCCUUGCAUGCAACAGAGGGUUAGUACCAAUGUGACUGUAUGUGCAGUUAUGAACAAUGAUAUCUGCCAAUUCAAAAUAACUUCUACACAGUGCCUUUGAUGACAAAAAAAAACAAAAAAACAUUAAAAACAUGAGAGGCAUUAGCGCCACUAAGAGAGAUGUUGAUCAAAACAUAAACAGAGAGUGGCACUGAAGCAGUCUUUCUUAACUUCAAAAAGAUACUAAUCAGACACAUUUAUUUAUAACAGAACUACAAUGUUAAUUACCAGAUGUGCCACUUUUCUGUUUCUUUGGGCUAGUUUUCAUUAUGACACAGAUGUUAGUAAUAACUCUACUUUCUAAUGCAACACACAAUCACACAAAUCAGAGAAAAACCCCAAACCAACUGAGGUCAGGCAGUCUCACGCAACUAUGUAGGUUUAUAUUUAAAUACAUUUAUAGUUAAAUACAUUUAGGAAGCAUUUUGAUUGACCGAAUAUACUGUAUUUUAAAGUUGGUAUACCUUCAAAUGUUUGAUAUGUUUACAAUAACUACAAUGACUACAAUACAAUGUUUCUUAUUGCAAAUACUCAAAUACAUUUUUUUAAAGUCUGUGUUAAUGGGAUUUGACCAUCAGUUAAUUUACUGUAAAUAUUUUAUUUAAAAAGAAAGGCUUUGUUAUGUAUCAAUGGGUCCUAUUCACCUAGCUUUAACUGUUUCAGUAUGUCAUUGCUCCAUGAGGACUGGUCUCUUCCUAGAACUCUAGAAACAGGUUAGUAUCAUGUAAAGCAUUUCUUAAUGUUGUGUUUCCUUUGACUAAUGUUUUUUUUUUUUCAAAAAGUGAGAGCCAGCGCCAUCUAGUGUUGUGUUAUGCCAGCAAUACAAACGGCUCCAUACCAUAUGGCUCCAGAUUAACCGGACACUUUGAGACAGACCGGGAUUUCAAAAUUCCCCCUAAACUGAAAGUAAUUCACUUAUAAAUGAGCUCCACCUUUGCUGAGAUUAAUCCUGCAGCAAACAAGUCACACAGAUCAGCUGCUUCUGAUCAGAUCUUAAUGAACGAAUAGCUAAUCUAUUGAUAGAGCAACGAGAUGAUGAUGCGAUUGUAUUUGCAGAAUAAUAUGGGGGAUUGAAUUUUAACAAACAGAAAAAAAUAGCAACUGGCUGCAAUUCAUUCUUAGUAUAAUACAAUUAUUUGACGCGCAUGUGGGUAUUUAAGCACUAUUAUUAAUUGUAGCUAAGGAUGGUUCAUUUACACAUUCAUUUAUUUCAAUUUAGGGGCAAGUUUGAAAUCCCGUUCUGUUUCACAGCGUCCUGUUAAUCUGGAACCAGAUGGUAACCCUAGGCAAAUAGAACUGAAGAACUGAAAUACAAUAUCAGAAUGUUAAAAAAUAAAUAAAUAAACACAAUGGCAAUAACAACUAUAGAGAAUGACUGCAAAACCUAAUAAUAAAAAAAUGAUGUUCUAUUAAACAAGAGCCCCCAAGUAAGGGCAAACGGUGUGCUAAGAAUCUGUUACGUGCAUAAGCUCUGCUGCUGUAUGCAGUUACCUUUGCUGUUCAUGUGCAGUAUGCA